AGCAAAUCCUCCAGCAAGAUGUCCAAGCGAGGUGCGGGUGCAUCAGGAAACAAGUUCCGCCUGACCAUGGGUCUGCCUACUGGCGCCGUGCUCAACUGCGCGGACAACAGCGGCGCAAAGUCGCUCUACGUGAUUGAGGCGUACGGCACCGGCUCGCACCUGAAUCGUCUGCCCGACGCGGGUGUCGGCGACAUGGUUGUUGCUUCGGUGAAGAAGGGCAAGCCAGAACUGAGGAAGAAGACAAUGCCCGUGGUCGUUGUCCGACAGCGCAAGUCGUGGCGUCGGAAAGAGGGUCUCGUGCUGUACUUUGAGGACAAUGCCGGCGUGAUCGUCAACCCGAAGGGCGAGAUGAAGGGUUCCGCCAUCACAGGGCCAGUCGCAAAAGAAUGCGCGGAUCUCUGGCCGCGUAUCGCGGCCAACGCGGGUACCGUCGUAUGAUGCUGUUCCUACUAGUUUCGCCCCUCUGUAUCGCAUAUUAUGGCUAUGACUGCAAUCCGGCUUCACGCUUUCUCAUUGUCUUCUCUGGUUGCCUCUCGCUAAGAACUCGGCACCUGCUCUAAUGACAUGUCCUGCAAAAUCCGAUAGAGUGCUACGCUUUCGUUUCCAUGCUCUGCGUGUCUGCCUCGCUUGCGCAGCGAGUUUGAGAUGCGAGCUCACCGCGAAUAUUUUCUUCUACGCGCUUGUGUUCGAUCAUCGGUAAUUCGCUCUCUUCCUU